AUGACCUGCAAUGGCCAGGAGCCAGUUUUACAAAAUGCGUAUGGGACAGCUAUAGUACCUAGAGGACCUGUUUAUGAAGAAAAAGAGGCAGUCCGUUUCCUAGAUGAGGGAAGACAGGGAUCACGAAAAACCACUUUGGCGAGCGUGCCUGAAGGUACUAUCGUAUGUUGUCUGGAGGAGAAGCCUGGGGACAGAGGCAAGCUGGCACGAGCCUCCGGGAACUAUGCCACAGUCAUUUCCCACAAUCUGGAGACCAAGAAAACGCGAGUGAAGCUGCCUUCAGGGUCCAAGAAGGUAAUUUCCCCAGCCAACAGAGCUCUUGUUGGUGUUGUGGCUGGUGAGGGCAGAAUUGACAAGCCUAUCUUGAAGGCUGGCCGUGCCUACCACAAGUACAAGGCCAAGAGGAACUGCUGGCCACGCGUACAUGGUGUGGCCAUGAAUCCUGUAGAGCAUCCCUUCGGAGGUGGUAACCAUCAACACAUUGGCAAACCGUCCACUAUCCGAAGAGAUGCCCCUGCUGGACGCAAAGUGGGUCUCAUUGCUGCCCGCCAGACUGGGCGACUACGUGGAACCAAAACUGUACAGGAGAAGGAGAACUAGAACUCAGGAGCUAAUAAAGUAUGUCCUUUGGCAAA